ACUGUGCCCGAUCCGCUCCAACCCGGGCGCCCCGCGUGGGAACAGCGGGCGGCGGGAGCCGGAGGUGCAGGAUGGACAAGAGGGACAAGUCCAAGGCUGGGGCCACCGCGAGGACGCCGGGUUCGCGACCUCCGGGCCUUCCGACCCCCAAGCCCCCAGGGUCUCCACGACCUCCUCCACCAGUUACCGCCGCGGCCCUCCGCGUUCUCGGAGCAGCGGGGCGCAGGCCUCAGGCCGAGCGAGUCGGGGGCAUGGCGGGAACCACACUUCCUGAGGCCGCUGGCCGCGUGGGACCGUCGCGGAGUGCGGGGGCAGGCCCCCGGAGUCUAGCCUCCAGGCCCCCAGCAGCUGCGAGAGCAGAAAGGGCCCCAGCCAAGGCUCCGGGCCCUGGCUCCAUCUCUAGCCCUGCACGCGCCAGCGGGGCCUCCAGGCCAGGGCCUCCAAGCCAGAAGGGACUCCAACCCCCAGCUGGGGAGCCCGUAGCCAGAGCAAAAGCCCCGGAAGCACCCCGAAGGAGCAGCCUGAGUGCCGGGGCACGGAGAGACAGUUCCGGGCCCAUUCCCGGUGCUUCCUCCCCGGCCAUUGCCCGUCGGUCCCGGGUGCCUGAAGUCGAGGCAGCUCUGAGUGUCAGGCAGAGACGCCCGACCGAGGUCCCUGCAAGGAGGUCCGUGAGCAGCGCUUCGGAGCUGAGCCCCGCCACUAAGAAGCGGCCCAGUGCAGGCGGGGGCCUCCAGAGACCGGUUAUGCGUCCACUGAGCUCCAGUGCCACCCCGGGGCCCCCUUCAGCCAGCUCCGGAACUUCCCCGAGAGGGAUGCCCCGGCCCCAGGCCCAUCCCUCUCAGCCCAAAUCGAAAGGACCCCAGGCUCUGCGCCCCCCGCUGGCCACACCCCUAAGGAAAGCCACGGCCUCUGGGCGGAGCCAGUCUUCUCCGCUCACCUCCAGUUUCCGGGGCCCAGGCCCACGGCAGGCACAGACUCCCCAGGUCACUGGCUCCCCCUUGCCAGCCACACUCCCUCCUUCACCCACCAGUCCCCCUCAGUCCUCGCUCCCAGUUCAGGCCCUGUCAUCCCCACAGACCACAUCAUCUCCCCUUAGCCUUACCAAGCUUAGGCACACGCCUCCUCCACCAGUGCAGCCUUCAGCUACACUCCCUCCCCCAGCCCCUCCCUCUCCAUCAGUCACGCCCCCUGUGCAGGCUCCACCCACUUUCCAGGAUACCACCUCUCCCCAGGCCACGUCCACUUCGGAGGCUCCAUUCCCACCGGUUUCACGCCCUCUGCAAUCUAUGCCCCCCACCCAGCCUUCUCUGUUGGUGCCCGCUCGACCCUCCCCCUUGGCCACCCCUCCUUUGGCACCUCUGGGAACAGCCACGCCUCCUCCACUGGCUCCCCUUUCUGUGACUUCUCCGCGGAACCCGCCCUCUCCUCUAGCCACACCCUCUCUCCAAGCUUUUUCCUCAUCUUUGACCCAGUCCUCUACACAGUCCCUGCCCUCACUGUCUGUACCUUCUCCUCAGGCCACGCCCCCAAUGCAAGACUGUCCUGUCCAGGCCUCUCUGCAUGAUGUUCCUCCCUUGGACACACCCCUUCUAGAGGCUCCACCUUUUCAGGCUUCUCAGACAGUGCUAGAAUCUCCCUCUCCGCUGGCUACGCCCCUCCCUCCACAAGCCACUCCCUCCACUUUGGCAGCUUAUCUGAAGACCCCAUCAUCUCUGAUCUCAGGGCCUCAGGAGGCCCCUCCCUCUCCCCCAGCCUCACCUCUACUGGCCCUGCGCCGUCCCCCGACCCCGGGUCCCGAUACUCCGAACCCCGGCCCACGGUUGACCCUAGCGCUGAACCCAGCACCACCGCCGCCGCCCUCGCGCAGCCCGUCCAGCACGCUGAGUGGUCCAGACUUGGCGGGCCACAGCAGCAGUGCCACCAGCACACCCGAAGAACUGCGAGGCUACGACAGUGGGCCUGAGGGCAGCGCUGCGGUCUCUCCGCCCGCCGACGCGGAAUUGGCUGCCUGUCACCCGGCCGCUUGGAGCCGAGGCCCAGCAGCAUCACUGGCUGGUCGCUGUGCCCCAGGAGCGCCCUUGCAGUGGCCACCUGUUGCAGGGUCUGGCUCCGCCGACGGGCUGUGCACCAUCUACGAAGCUGACGGACCUGAGACGGCACCCCCAGUCCCAGGCUCUCUGGAUCCGGGUGCGGGCGCGGGUGGUGGGAAGGCUGCGGCAGCGGCGGCCGCUGCAGUGGUGACCGGGGUUGCCCCGCGGAGCCCCAAGCCAGCUCGCCUGGGCGAGCUACCGCUGGGGGCUCUGCAGGCCAGCGUCGUGCAGCACCUACUGAGCCGAACGCUGCUGUUGGCGGCGACUGAGGGGGCGACAGGUGGUGGAGGCAGGGACUCAGGAGCCGCAGGCGGGGGCAGCGGCGCGGGAGGCGCCCGGGCUGCGCUCAGCGAUGCCGAACUGGGCCGCUGGGCCGAGCUGCUGUCUCCACUGGACGAGUCCCGGGCCAGCAUCACCUCGGUCACUAGCUUCUCCCCGGACGACGUGGCCUCCCCGCAAGGUGAUUGGACGGUGGUGGAGGUGGAGACCUUCCACUGAGCCAGAUCCUGACCCCGUCUCCUGUGCCCAACCUACCUUAGGGCCUGCCCUAGCCACCCCUCUUAAGACAUAGACCUCACCCUCAGCCCAUUGCACUCGGCCUUUUUGACCCUAGUCUUUUGGCCCAGGCUCACCCCUCUCGCUCUGCCUCCUUGACCUAGGACACAUCCCGCUCCUUCGAGCCCCGCUCUGUGCCCGGUGUAUUGCUCCCUGCGCAGCCCGAGUUUACAAUAAAGCCAGUACAUUGGA